AUGCUCACCGUCGCCCGGCCGCAGGAUGAGAUAACUGCCUGGUGGUACUCUGGCAACAAUUCAAGUUCCGCCAGGAUAGCUGCGGACGCAUAUGCAAGAGCCGUCGAAUACUUCGAAAGAGAGCUGGCCGAGACACAGAGCGAAAGAGCAUGGAUUCGCGGGCAGACGUCGCUUGAGGAUGUCAAGAUGACAGUUGAGCAGGCCCGGGAUGCCUAUCAGGAUCGAUCGGAGCACCAUGCCAGAGCUAAGAGGUGGAUUGAUGCCUUUGUAGGGAAUAUUGCUCGUUAUGGGACCGUGCUGGAUACACUUGCCAGUGCUGACCCUCUACAUGCUGGGCUUGCUUGGGGAGCUAUCAAAUUUGUUUUUGCGGGAGUGUCGCAAUAUUCGCAGCAUGCAGCAGAGUUUGCAAAGGCCCUCGCCCGGAUUGGCGACGUUCUGCCGCGCAUUCGUGUGGAACUGGCACUCUACAGCACGCCUCACAUGAUAGAGGCCGUCGCUCAGUUGUAUGCACAUGUCCUGCUGUUCCUCCAGAGAGCCGUGACGUGGUACACCUCGAACCGCACCAGACGCAUCUUGAAGACUGUCCUCCGACCCUCGCGGCUCCCUAUCCAGGAAAUCGUUGCAGACAUGGAACUCUGUGCUGAGAAUGUGAAAAUGAUUGCCAACACUGCGGGCCGCGCCGAGAUCCGGGGCCAGUCGUUCGCCUUGGAGCAACAAACCAUGCGUCAACGACAGAUCCAGCAACACCUGUUGCGCAUGCAGGCCCAGCUGGAAAAAGUGUCCAUUUCCACUCAGCAGCAUGAGCAGAGCUUGCAACAGCUCAUCCAGCAUACCAUGAACAGCCACGAUCUCCUGAAAUCCAUCAAACUUGACGUGGGUAACUCCACAGCGAUACUCGGUGGCAUGCAAACUGCUCAAAUCAUCCAAGUCCUGCGCCCAGCUAAACUGCCUGAAGAUAUCCUCCGCACUUGUCAAUCUUUCUCAAGACGGCGAGCCUCUUGGCAGCAGAACGACCGAGCCACGACGGUGAUGAUCAGUCGUCUAAAGGAAUGGACCCGGCUUCCGACAUCGUCCAUUUUUACCGUCAAAAGCGGGGCACGGGCAUUACAACGUACACUGGAUAUGGUUGUACAGAUGACGACGCUGCUUCAAUCGACGUCAUAUCCUACAUUCUGGUGUAUCUCUAAUCCAAGUGAGCGCAAAGGGACAACAGCCGUCAGUGAUGUCCUCCGCAGCUUGAUUUUUCAAGCUCUCCGGCAAGAUCCAUCAAUUCCUUCACGAGAUGCGCAGCUAUGCGAUAUUUCCUCCUACCAGCGCCCGCACAGUCUGGACGAAUGGGCCAGUAUGGCAACAUCCGUUCUCUCCAACAUACCGCGAUGUUUUGUUCUCGUCGCAGUUGAAAAUUUGUACCGGCGGGGAGGAUACAGUUCGGAGGUACUGGAUCAGCUUCAGGCAACAUUGACCGAAGUGUUCGAAGGCGCGUCGCGAAAUGGUUGUAUAAUGAAGCUUCUAAUAGUCACUUCCAGCAGCUCCACAGCCGCGACUUCCCAGUCCCGGAACUAUGGUCAAAUCGUGGUGACUAUGAGUGCCCCUGUGCCUGCCGCUAGGCGAUUACCAGUUUCCCGAGCACAUAACACUGCUCUGGGACGUGCAAGAUCUAUUGUCCGAUCCAGGUAA